AACUACAACUUGGGGCUCCGCCUUGAACGCCCUCCUCUCUUCCUCCGCCCCGCCGAUCACCAACCCCGCCACCCCGAAAUGGUGGACAAGGAUGAAGAAGAGAAGCAGCAGCUCACAAUUUUCUACAAUGGAAAAAUUGUUGUUUGCGAUGCUACUGAACUACAGGCUCGAGCAAUCUUAUGGCUUGCGGGCCGUGAAGCAGAACCGUACGACACGCCCCGAUCCGAUCUGCCGUCUCCGUUGGUAGCUUCUCCACUUUAUAGUCCAAACACUGACUUAAAGAGAUCGUUGAUGAGGUUUCUUCAAACAAGAAAGACUAGGGUUCAAGCAACUUCCCCAUACCCCAUUGUUAGGAAUUCCAACUAGUUAGAUUUAAUGAUUAAUUAAUUAAUUAAGUGAUUUUUAAUUUUAUUUUAACUAGUUGGUGUGCUAGGAAAAGUGCCACUAUAGCCUGCACGUGAUUAACGCAUAUUUAGAUUCAUGUACUUACUUCUAAUUAUUUGUACUUUGUUCUAAUUUAAACUUUACU